AUGCGAGAGCAACGGUGGACAAUUCUGAAGCAUCUAGCACGCGAGUACAUCGCGUCUAGCUCGUGCCAUGGCAUGUCAUACAUCGUCCAUCCCAAAGUUUCUAUUGCGGAAAGGGUCUGCUGGUCCUUUGUGGUGGUGCUCUCGCUAAGCGUCUGCAUAUCGGCGAUCGUUAUCGGCCAUCAGAAAUGGGUUGAAAAGCCGAUGAUCGUCAGCUUCUCGGCGAAACCGAUCCCUGUGUGGAAGUUGCCGUUCCCAGCCAUUACCAUCUGCCCGCAGACAAGAAUCGAUGUGGAAAAGUUCAACAUUACCAAGGUGUUUCUAGGGGCCCGGGCAAACAAAACACUCACGCCCGACGAGUGGCACAAGCUGCGCGUCCUAACACACGUCUGUUCGUCGGUAAUGCGGUCGAAGAAUGAUUUUUAUGGCACGAGCGGUGCGACCAGCGACGGAACAUUGGUAGCCGAUAAUGAGCAGGUGGUGGAACAGCUGGUAAACAUGUCCAUACCGUACGAUGAGCUGUUUGUGACGUGCAUGUGGAGCUUCAACUUUCGACCGUGCGAAGCAUUGUGGGCUAGGAAGGUGACGGAAAAUGGAAUUUGCUACAGCUUCAACAUGCUGUCCAGUGCGGAACUGUACACGGCUGAUCAAGAGUUUCGCGAGAGGGAAGUAAAUCCGGAUGUUAAGAAGCGAGGGCUUAGAUCCUUCCAUGCGUCCAGGAUGCAAAGUACUGGGUGGACGAUGGAGAAUGGUUACACGUUUGGUGAGGAUCUGCUGGCUUAUCCGAGGCGCACGGCAAGCGGUGGGUUUAAGGGUGGUGCGAUUGUGCUGAUGAAAGCUCACCAGAAAAAUCGUGAAUACAUCUGUUCGGGUGCUUUACAAGGGUAUAAAAUUACAAUUCACCCACCGGACGAGUUCCCGCGGCUUAGCGAGUAUCACAUCCGUGUGCCGCCGAUGCAAGCCGUCUCGAUAAUCGUGAAGCCCCGAUUGCUAACCACUCAGAAGAAUCUUCACCGAUAUCCGCACACGAAAAGACAAUGCUUUUUCGCGGACGAACGCAAGCUGCGCUUUUUCCGGGUGUACAACGAACAGAACUGUGAGUUCGAGUGUCUCACCAACUAUACGCUGGCAACGUGUGGUUGUGUCACGUUCGCUAUGCCGCGGGAAAAUACCACCCGCGUGUGUAGUGCGCAUGAAAAGCGUUGCUACAAAUCGGCCGUUACUCGGUUGAUGGAGCUGGAUGAGAUGAGCCUGGAUACGGGGCAGGAGAUGUGUGAUUGUUUACCAGCGUGCACAACGAUUAAGUACGAUGUGGAGCUAUCUAACGAUUGGCUAAAUUUGGACGCAAUGCUGGCGUCCAUGAUAAAGCGAGAGAAUGGAAUGAAGGGAAUGGAACCAAUGCUACUGUACGUGUACUUCAAGGACAACAAGUACCUGUACAUCGAGCGUGUAGAGUAUAUGAACUUUAACGGUGAACUGGCGAAUUUCGGCGGAAUACUAGCACUCCUGUCCGGGAUGAGUCUCACAAGUCUGGCAGAAAUACUGUACUACAUCUUCGUUCGUCCGCUUGGACUAUGGAUUAAGGCACAGUACGUUAAGAGUAAAGUUAAAACCUCCGUGCCAGAGAUGCAAGAAGCUACGAGAAGCGUAUCGGUGCAUUUGGUGCGUCCUUGGAUCCCGUAA